GGAAAAACAAAGAUGCACCGAGCUGCCCGAGUUUGUUUAGAAUUGAACAUUACUAGGCGGCCUGAAAACUCCUUGGAUGAGAAUUUUCAAAUUCAUAGACUUGACGGAUCGGAGUAGGCGGCAGACAGCCAGGACCCAUGCUAAUAUUUUUCAUUCUUUUUAGUAGGCUAGUUCAGUCAAAAGAUUUUUAUUUUAUUUUUGUAAGGGUGUCUUUGCGGCUGCAUAUUUUUAACUGUUGUGUUGUUCUGGGGCAUCGAAAAGCUUCUUUUUCAACUAUUAAUCCACUGCUGAGUUAUUUUAAAUUUCCUACUAAUUCCAAAUCCAGAAUUACGCACAAGUUGGCAACAUGGAAGAAUACCAAAACCCUCUUCUCUGUAUAUCCCUGACUGCUAAAGUGAGCACAGCUGUAGCAUGGAUGUUCAGAACGAUAAUGUUUGCUCUGCCAGUGGCUCAGAUCACCAUAGGUUCGAUCUACUUGAAUUCCUGCCCUGUCCAGCAUUAUAUCCCCAUCUACUUGAUUGUGUCAGGAGUGUUUUCUCUUGUAAUGGACUUCCUGUCUUUCUUCCACCUUGGCAACGAAGCAGAGGAAGUUGGGUCCAAUGCAAGGGGAGGUUCCACCAUGUGCAAUGGGCUGCUGUCACUGUUCAUGUUUUGCUGGUUCAUUACAGGUAACGUUUGGAUUUACUCCAUCUACCAGCCGAACUAUGAUGAACAAAGUGGUGUACUUUACUGUAACAAGACGCUCUACUUGUUUGCAUUUUGGAGUACAAUACUGGUCUGCAUUGGACUUGGUAUACUCCUGCUGGUGGGCUGUUGCUUCUUGUGUGGAUGUGUUAUAGGGGCCAGUAUAGGGUUGUGUUUUGGGUUUUCUCUAACCAAUACAAAUGAUGCGAAUAGGGUGUGGAGUUCAACUGCUCCUUGUCUGUAACCGGACAGAGUAUUUGUGUGUGCAAAGAAGAGUUUUUUGUUUUAUUUUGUAUUUCUUUGGUUUAAUAUUAUGCCAGGUUGCCAGUGAGUCAGUAAUUAGAGCCCACACCCUGGAGGAGAUACCAUUCUGUCUCUUUGUUUUAUAUUUUAUUCUAUUGUUUUUCUUGUUAAUUUAGCAAAAAUUGCAAUCUUAAAAAUAGUGGUCUAUUUCAUAAAGGUUAACAUAAGGAACAUCACACUGGUGUUCAAUUAAAAAGAUAAAAAAGUGAGGCAAGAGAUAACUGACGGUUAGCUACAGGAAGGUUGUAUUCUUUUUCUCCAUUUAAAAAACUCCCUCCACCUUUUUGUUUUAGUACGAUGACCAGGCCUUUUGGCCUUAGCAUAUCAUAGCCUGCUUCUGUGUUACACCUUAAAAGGAGUGAUAUAGAGAAAAAUAUCAAGUUUUUUUCAUACCACCAAUUCCAUACAUUUUUACUUGAGGUUGAGCUGCUUUUACAUGAAUUAGAAAGUGAAAUCGCUUCUCCAGUAUAACUUAGUUUGGUGGCAUUCAAAUAACUUCAACUGAGAACAUAGUAAUGCCCUACAACUUCCCCUCUUUAGUGAUACAUUCGAAUGUACUACAUGGGAUGCCAUUCCGAGUUUAUCAUUGAUGUUUAAUUUUUGCUUGGAUAUGCAUGUUGUGUUCAGAGUCUUUGAAGAAAACAGCAGAUGGUACAGAUAAAGGUGGAAUGAAUUCAA